AUGGCGGAGAAUUGGAAGAACUGCUUCGAGGAGGAGCUCAUCUGCCCCAUCUGCCUGCAUGUCUUCGUGGAGCCGGUGCAAUUGCCGUGCAAACACAACUUCUGUCGGGGCUGCAUUGGCGAGGCGUGGGCCAAGGACAGCGGCCUGGUGCGCUGCCCAGAGUGCAACCAGGCCUACAACCAGAAGCCGGGCCUGGAGAAGAACCUGAAGCUCACCAACAUCGUGGAGAAGUUCAACGCCCUGCACGUGGAGAAGCCGCCGGCGGCGCUGCACUGCGUGUUCUGCCGCCGUGGCCCCCCGCUGCCGGCGCAGAAGGUCUGCCUGCGCUGCGAGGCGCCCUGCUGCCAGUCCCACGUGCAGACGCACCUGCAGCAGCCCUCCACCGCCCGCGGGCACCUCCUGGUGGAGGCGGACGACGUGCGGGCCUGGAGCUGCCCGCAACACAACGCCUACCGCCUUUACCACUGCGAGGCCGAGCAGGUGGCCGUGUGCCAGUACUGCUGCUACUACAGCGGUGCGCAUCAGGGACACUCGGUGUGCGACGUGGAGAUCCGGAGGAAUGAGAUCCGGAAGAUGCUGAUGAAGCAGCAGGACCGGCUGGAGGAGCGAGAGCAGGACAUUGAGGACCAGCUGUACAAACUCGAGUCAGACAAGCGCCUGGUGGAGGAGAAGGUGAGCCAACUGAAGGAGGAAGUGCGGCUGCAAUACGAGAAGCUGCACCAGCUGUUGGAUGAGGACCUGCGGCAGACGGUGGAGGUCCUGGACAAGGCCCAGGCCAAGUUCUGCAGCGAGAACGCAGCGCAGGCGCUGCAUCUCGGGGAGCGCAUGCAGGAGGCCAAGAAGCUGCUGGGCUCCCUGCAGCUGCUCUUCGACAAGACGGAGGACGUCAGCUUCAUGAAGAACACCAAGUCUGUGAAAAUCCUAAUGGACAGGACCCAGACCUGUACAGGCAGCAGCCUUUCUCCCCCUAAGAUCGGCCACUUGAAUUCCAAGCUCUUCCUGAACGAGGUGGCCAAGAAGGAGAAGCAGCUACGGAAGAUGCUAGAAGGCCCCUUCAGCACACCGGUGCCCUUCCUGCAGAGCGUCCCCCUGUACCCUUGUGGUGUGAGCAGCUCUGGGGCGGAAAAGCGCAAGCACUCGACGGCCUUCCCUGAGGCCAGUUUCCUAGAGACGUCGUCGGGCCCCGUGGGCAGCCAGUAUGGGGCAGCGAGCACAGCCAGCGGCGAGGGCCAGUCAGGGCAGCCCCUGGGCCCCUGCAGCUCCACGCAGCACUUGGUGGCCCUGCCGGGCGGCGCCCAACCAGUGCACUCAAGUCCUGUGUUCCCCCCAUCGCAGUAUCCCAAUGGCUCCGCCGCCCAGCAGCCCAUGCUCCCCCAGUAUGGGGGCCGCAAGAUUCUCGUCUGUUCUGUGGACAACUGUUACUGUUCUUCCGUGGCCAACCAUGGCGGCCACCAGCCCUACCCCCGCUCCGGCCACUUCCCCUGGACAGUGCCCUCACAGGAGUACUCACAUGCGCUCCCGCCCACACCUUCCGUCCCCCAGUCCCUUCCCAGCCUGGCGGUCAGAGACUGGCUCGACGCCUCCCAGCAGCCUGGCCACCAGGAUUUCUACAGGGUGUAUGGGCAGCCGUCCACCAAACACUACGUGACGAGCUAACGCUACGCGGGCGGUGGGGCGCUGGGGAAUCUCCCCGCCUCAGCCCCCAGUGGCUUGGGAAUGACGCAUCCAGAGACCUGCCCUUCUACCUUCCUGUCCUCCCUCCCUUCCUCCUUCAUUUCCCCAAGUCUUUUCCUUUUGGAUUUUGUUUUGUUUGGGGCUUGUUUUGAUUUUUUUUUUAUCACGAAUCUCCUGGACUCGGAGGUGACAGUGGGAGCUGGCCUGGGCCGGGGCUGCAGGUGGCUCUGGAGUUGGGAAAGCGUCUACCUCAAGGCGCUGAGCUCUCUCUCUCUCUGUCUCUCCUUUUUUCUUCCACUCCUUCCCCUACCCACCCCCGUGGCUGGAAGGAGCCUCAGCUUCCCCUAAAGCCUUGGGGGUAGGGGCAGUUUCCAACUCUCCUCAGCCAGCCCUGGGAGGAGGGACCAGUGUCCACUGGCCUGCUUCUCCUCUUGUUUUUCUUUUGGGCAGUUUGAUCACUGACUAAAUAAGGAAAGACCUGUAGAUUGUGGGGCUUUUUUUUUUUUUUUAAUUUUUUUUAAAACCAAGAAUGAUUUCUCCUGCUUCCUUCUCACCAUCCUCCCAGACGGAGUUCAAAGGCCACUUCUCAAGCAGCAUUUGGCACCUUCAGCCUCAGAAUGGAAUCUUAAAGACAGGAACCCCCAUGUCCAGGAAAGGGGAGAGGAACCUUGCCAAUGAUAGUGACCACAGCAAAAGCAAAUAAUAAUAAUAUUAAUAAUAAUAAAGAGAAAUAAAAGAAAUAAUAAAAUAAAAAACCAUAGCACAGCCCUUGUUGAGGUCAGCGGGAGAGGAGGGGCUGCCCGGAGUUGGGUCCUUGCCUGGAUUUUGACACAGCGACUUCCUGUAGUGAGCACUUUGUAUGAAUCGUGGACUUCCUGUUCUCAAGGCGCAGGUAUUUAUUCUGUAAUCUGUCUAGAGCACACACCGAAAUCCAACCUUCUAAUAAACAUAAUGGCGCAGUCCCA